AUGGCGUCGUCUCCAGAGAAUUCUCAGGCAAACUCUCUCCCUGAGGAUGGACAAUGCUCCGCGAAUACUCCUCCCUCCACCUUUCAAGACCUCGGCAUCGAAGCAUCAUUAUGCGAGGCCUGCAGCUCUUUGGGCUUUCAGACACCCACCCCUAUUCAGGCACAGGCCAUCCCGCCAGCACUCGAAGGGAGAGACCUGAUAGCCCUUGCGGAAACAGGGAGUCGCAAAACUGUGGCAUAUCUCCUGCCCAUCAUGCAACACUUGUUCAAUCACCCACAAGGCCUACACUCUCUCAUUCUUGCACCCACCAGAAAACUCGCACUACAAAUCGCCAAGGUUAUUGAAGCACUAGGUGCCAGCAAACCCUUCCAAUGCGCCGUCCUCAUUGGGGGAGUCCACCACAUCUCACAAGCCAUGGCCAUUGGGAAGAAGCCGCACAUCAUCGUUGAAACGCCAGGGCGUUUACUGGACCAUCUGGAAAACACUCAAGGGUUCAGAUUCUCGCUGAGUUUGCUGAAAUAUCUUGUCUUCGACGAGGCGGAUAGACUCUUGGAUACUGGUUUUGGGCCCGAGUUGGACCAGAUCUUAAAACUUUUGCCGCCUAGGAGGACAUUCAUAUACGCUGCAAAGACGUCGGACAGGGUUGAUGCUCUGCAGCGGGCGCGCCUCUCGAAUCCUCUGCGUAUAUCGGUGGCCUCCGGGGCACUGAGGACUUUGACGGUUGCCACACUCCUGCAGUCUUACGUUUUCAUUCCUCACCAGCACAAAGAUUUGUACUUGGUGCACAUACUCGGCCAAUACGUGGGACGAACCGGCAUCAUCUUCACACGCAUGAUCAGGGAAGCACAGCGACUGUGUUUCAUGCUACAGAAUCUAGGAUUCUCGGCAGCAGUCCUUCAUGGUAAACUCUCACAGACGUCGCGAGAGAAGGCAAGUCUACUCGUGACCACCGAUCACGCCGCCUGCAGGCUCGAUGUGGAUCUGGUCGACUUUGUCCUUAAAUACGAUAUCCCGUAUGACAGCGAGACUUACAUACGUCAAGUCCGCAGGACCGCCCGUGCUAGGAAAAGUGGUCGUGCUUUCUCCUUCUUGACACAAUACGACGUUGAGCUGUGGAUGAGAAUCGAGAACGCACUCGGCGAAAGGGUAGAGGACUAUGCCGUUGUCCGAGAGGAAGUCAUGAGACAAUCUCUACGUGUUAGCGAUGCCCAGAGAGUGGCUGCGGAGAAAAUGAGAGAUCUCGUCCCAGGACAUGAAGCCAGACAGGGUAGCCAGCAUGAAGGAGGUCGCAUCCGAAGAGGUGCUGACAUGGACUGGCUGAGAGCUGAAAUGCGUAAUCAUGUACCUUAUGAUGGUUGA